AUGUUCGCUCACUCUGCCGCUCUCGCUUUUCUUUCGCUGUCUGCCGGGGCCUCUGCCCUGCGCUCUCGCGCAGCAGCCACGCCAAAAGUCAACCCUGACUUAGCUGACGCUGUGACUUCAUGGCCAUUCCCUGCCAUCUGGACCGAGGAUGUGCUUCCCACAAUCAAUUCACAACUAAACCAGAUAUAUACUGCCGACUAUGUCCUAUCAGGGUUGUCAGUCUCACACGAGGAAUAUAACUUCACAAGCUACGACAACUACACUAGCACACUCUCUGUAUUCACUCCCAGCUCUCUCAGUGGACAAACCAAUCGUCGGUUUGUCUACUACAUUCACGGUGGCGGUCUGGUAGCCGGCAACCGCUUCUUCGGAAUCGACUUCAUCCUUCCCACCAUCGAGGCCCUCAACGCCGUCUUGAUCUCCGUUGAAUACCGGCUUGCACCCGACCACCCUGCCCCGGCCGCCAUCCAGGACGUCUACGCCGGACUUACUUGGGCAGUUGAUCACGCUGAGACCCUAGGUCUCAAUGCAUCCAAUGCCAUUGCUUGGGGCACCAGUGCCGGAGGUGGUCUCACUGCCGCACUUGGUAUGAUGGUUCGCGACAAGAAGCCCGAGGGUGUGAGCCUCAAUGGCCUUCUCAUGCACUACCCCAUGCUCGAUAACGCCAUCCCCGAGGCGGAGAAGAGCCUCUUCAGUGGCGAGUCGGCCCCUGUCUGGAGCUCUGAGUCAGACACGAUUGCCUGGAAGGCCUACCUCGGCUCGAACCCAAGCAGUGCCACUACAAGCAACCCAUACCUCGUUCCGGCCAGGGCCACUGACUUGAGCAAUCUUCCCCCAGUCUUCAUUGACGUUGGAAGCGCAGAGCUGUUCCGAAAGCCCGCUCUGACGUUUGCCGAAGGCAUCUGGGAGGCCGGCGGUCUGGUUGAGGUCCAUGUCACCUCUGGCGGAUACCACGGUUCUGAUCUCCUGGCUCCCACUGCUCCCGUUUCUGAGCGCGUUAUCAAUGCUCGCAAGACCUGGGCAAUGGACGUACUUAGUGUUAUUUAG